AUGCCUUCCCUAGCUGAGCUGAUCACUUACAAGCCAACAGAUUAUAUCACGCUGGCGCCAGCCCCGGAUAUCUACGUCAAUGACUGCGGUGCCAUGUCCGCGAUCGUAGUCCUCCCACGAGGGGACGAUGAUUCGAAGCCCUCACUUGAAUACCGCCUUAGACUGUGGAGGGUACGGGGAGAUGGCCGCAAUGUUAUGGACACUGCGAAUCUCAUGGUGGCGGAGGGCGAUGGCACCUUCGAGGAUGGCGAAGUGGUCCACGAGGGCGGACAGUACAAGGUCAGGUUCGCCUGGAAUUACCGGGUUACCGGGGCCGGUACCUAUUAUUUCGGUUUUACUUUCCAAGGCUAUUUGACGACCAAGGACUAUAUCAGCGAGGUGGAAGAAAAGACGACCAGGUUUGAUUGCGCUACCCGUACGGAGGCGGCCUAA